AUGCGUCCACCACGGCUUUUGCUUUUGCUUUUUUGUUUCAUCUUUCUGCCUAUUCUGCUGACCUUUCUUUCCCUUGUCACUGCGGAGCCUCGUCAUGGCGUCGACGAGGGGGAUGCACCCAUCGCUGGUCGAUCGAGCCGAUUACGCGCUCUAUUUUCAUUCAACACGCCAACCUCUUUAUUUCCGCCUUCCGCCAUCAUCAGUUUAACCGAUGACAACUCGACAUUUUUCCUCGCGCGACCGGCGGCAUUCGGGCCCCUUCUCCCACCAAACGGCCUCAGCGGCCAGCUCUGGAUAGGCAGCGGCUUCAACCAGGACACCCUCAGGAAGGGUGCUGGUAUUGCAGGUUUUCAGGGGGAGCUUGGCUGUUCAGAUGUACCGGACUGGGAUAAGGAUGCACAGGCGAAACAAGACAAAGCGUUAAAAGAUGCGCAUACCAUUAUUCCGGCCAAUCCUGCAACAGACAAGGAGACGAUAGACAAGCGCAAAGACACCGACACCAGUAUUACUGCCACAUAUAAAAUUACUGGACCGGCGCCAAAUGACGGGACCGACGAUCACCUACAUCAUCCUUUUUCGGUGGUUAAACACGAGAAGUCAAGUGAGAAACAACACCACCCCACGCAUGCGGAUAUUCAGUCUUUGCAAGAGAGCGCGGAGAUCGCUGGAAAGGUCGUCCUACUCAGUCGGGGUGGCUGCGGCUUCUUGGAGAAGGUGAAAUGGGUUCAACGACGAGGCGGCGUAGCAUUGAUUGUCGGAGAUGACACCAGAGGUGGUAGCUUGAUUACGAUGUAUGCGCGUGGCGAUACUUCGAACAUCACCAUCCCGGCGGUGUUCACUUCUUAUACAACUGCACAUUUAUUAUCCUCUUUGAUUCCAGAAAGGGCGAUAUUAGAAGGCCAAAAGGAAACUGACUCGAAGAAAGUCGCAGCCGAUCAAAAACGACCGUCUAAGCCUACUGCUACCACGACGAGAAUUACUAGUCAGCCUACAAACACCAGAGCCCCGAAAAAGGAUACAACAGAAAAGAAAGAGUCGCCUAAAACGAAAGGCAAUAGUUUCUUCUCUGCGAUAUGGUCACUGUUCGGUUUUGGAAGAGACGAGUCCUUGAUGGAUGAUAGCCGUCGACCGCCAAGCAGCGGCAAUAUUGAUUGGCUCUUAGUCGAUGACUAUGACGAGGAGGAUGGUGGCAGAAAAACAAAAUCAGUGCAGUCUAGCAAAGACAAGGGUGCCAAGACCGACAAGUCAUCGAAGAAAAUCGAUAACAGUCCAGUGGACGGCGAUGGUUUCGAGAUCGGUAUACAUGACUGGCGGGAUCCAGACCUUGUACCAACCAAGCCUCCUGCGAAAGGAGGAUCUUUAUCGGCUGAUAAAACCGAGUCGAAGAAAAAGGAUGAGAAGGCUAACAACAAGGUGGACUCGAACCUCAAAGGUGGUAGUAUCACACCUGGAAGCGGAGAGUAUUCACACAUCGUCGAGGGCACAGCUGGAUCUGACAAGACGGACAAGAAUGGGGCAGGCUCGAACAAUGGAAUAUCAUCAGACUCUGGCGAAAAGAGUUGGUUUGCAAGACACUUUGGCUGGAACGAAGGUCUCAACGAUGAACUAGAUCAAGUACUGAAAAACCGCGUCGAAUCAACUAGUAACCCAGUGACAUAUGUGCAAGGUGAACAAACAUUGGGCGAUCAUCAAGGCCUUUGGGUUACCCUCACUCCGACUAGCAUGUCAACUAGCCCGUUCUUUGAUACCCUUUUGGUGCUCGUUGUCAGUCCAUUGAUUACCUUGACCGUUGUCUAUGCACUACUACUUUUGCGGUCUCGAAUCCGCCGGCGACGCUGGCGUGCGCCGAAGUCUGUGGUCGAACGACUUCCAAUCAGGACAUACCAUACCAUCACUCAAUCAACGUCAACCUCAAGCAGCCCGCGGUCACCGAGCCCUGAAUCUGUUACGUCAGUUACGUCAACAUCCCCUCUGCUUGGGUCGAGGCCUCGAGAAGCACACGGUCGCUCUCGCCAACGCUCACAGACUGUGUCUGGAGUGGGUAUUCGAACGCACGAUGUGGCCCCCACCAAAGAUGGGACAUUCUCCGGAUCUGAUUUAUGGAGACGCAAGUACAUUGGACGCCAGGUCGAGUGCGUGGUAUGUUUGGAAGAGUAUGUCGAUGGUCAGAGUCAAGUAAUGAGUCUCCCAUGUGGACACGAAUUCCACGCGGAGUGCAUCACCCCAUGGCUUACCACACGUCGACGCACUUGCCCAAUAUGUAAAGGUGACGUUGUCCGAUCAAUGGCUCUCGCUGAGCCUACAACGGGCUCCCAAGAAACCACACCCUUUGUCCGCACAGCAUCCGUGCCAAUUAUACCUGAUGUCAGCGACGACUCAAAUCUCGAAGAAGGCCGAAGAGCAGAUGAACCAUUACUCUCCGCCGACAGCAGCGAUAACGAGAGCAACGCCAAUACAGCCUCCUCUUCGGCGCCUCAUCAAUCUAAUUAG